AUGGGAUGGUUCUCUCCCAAAAAGAGGAGUGUAGAGGGAUACACAGGGCAUAAGAUGGCCACUGUUUCUCCUUCUCCAAAUUUUCAUUUGGUUGUGAUAUUUGGCAUUGUCUUUAGCUUGUUGUGGCUCUCAAAUUACACAGCCAUUUACUUGCAGUUUCUCCUCAUGUUGUCUCCCAUACUUGUAAUACUCUUCUUGAUUUCAUAUUCUAGCACCUGUGGAAGACUCAACUUCAGCUUCAUGCGUUUGAAGAAUGUGGUGUCUCAUGGCAUGUAG